AUGGGACUUGGCCCCACAGAGGGACUCAGUGGCACAAUUUGUGUUCUGCAACUUGCUGCCAGUGUCUUGAUGAGAGCUAAGCCUGGAACUUUCAAGGGAUCUCCAAAUACCCAUCUCAAGCAUCAGAUUGAAGACAGCAGGAAAGCUUUGGUCGGGCCAGCGAAGCUCCCGCGCUACCCAGGCGCGCCGGGCGUCUCGUGCCGGGGAGGGGGGGUGGUAUCGGCGAUGGCCACGGGCAACGGGGGCUCGGCGAGAGGCGAGGGGGCGGCCGCCGCGGCCAUGCCGCCGCCGCCCCCCGUGUCCCCGCCCGCGCUCACCCCGGCGCCGGCCGAGGGGUAAGAGGCCCCGCCGCGCCCGUCCGAGGCGGGGGCGCCCGGCUGCUCGGGCUCGCGGCCCCCCGAGCUGGAGCCGGAGCGCAGCCUGGGCCGGCUGCGGGGCCGCUUCGAGGACGACGACGAGGAGUUGGAGGAGGACGAGGAGCUGGAGGAGGAAGAGGAGGAGGAGGAGGAGGAGAAGCUGAGGCUGGAAGGGGGCCGGCCGGACUCCGAGGACGAGGAGGAGCGUCUGAUUAAUCUCUCUGAGCUGACCCAGUACAUCUUGUGUUCCAUUUGCAAAGGUUACUUGAUAGAUGCGACCACCAUUACAGAAUGUCUUCAUACCUUUUGUAAAAGCUGCAUUGUAAGACAUUUUUACUAUAGCAACAGAUGUCCAAAAUGCAACAUAGUAGUCCAUCAGACUCAACCUCUUUAUAACAUAAGGUUGGACCGACAGUUACAAGACAUAGUGUACAAAUUAGUGAUCAAUCUAGAGGAAAGAGAAAAAAAGCAAAUGCAUGAUUUCUAUAAAGAAAGAGGUCUAGAAGUACCUAAACCUGCUGUUCCACAGCCAGUCCCUUCAAGCAAAGGAAGAUCAAAGGAAGUCUUGGAAUCAGUGUUUCGGAUUCCACCUGAACUUGAUAUGUCUUUAUUACUAGAGUUUAUUGGUGCUAAUGAAGGCACAGGACAUUUUAAGCCAUUGGAAAAGAAGUUUGUCCGAGUUUCAGGAGAAGCAACUAUUGGGCAUGUAGAAAAAUUCCUCAGAAGAAAAAUGGGUCUUGAUCCAGCUUGUCAGGUUGAUAUCAUCUGUGGCGAUCACUUGCUGGAGCGGUUUCAGACUCUCAGGGAAAUUCGGCGCGCCAUUGGUGAUGCAGCAAUGCAGGACGGCCUCCUGGUUCUUCAUUAUGGGCUUGUGGUUUCUCCUCUGAAAAUUACUUGAAGAAAAGAGUAUGAGGCAGGGAACAGCACGAGGCAACUUUUGCAGGAUUGCACGUCACCAAAGACUUCGGUGAAGCAUGUCGUGGCUACCACUUAGCGCCAUACAAGACAAACAGGAUCAUCCUCGGCACCGAGAAUUAGAGCAUUUAAAAAUGCAGCUUGGAAUGAUGAAACGCAUCUGACUGUAACUAGAGACUGUAUAUUGAAAACAUUCAUAGCUCAGGGGAAAUUUUCAAAGCAUUGAAUUUUUAAGUAAGUCCUUAUGACUUCAAACACUUUGACACUGAUUUUGCUUCCUGGUCUUUGAAGCAAAUUGGUUACUGUGCUUUGAGCCAUGGCCCUUCGAGUUAGGGUAGGGUUCUGCUCUCUAACCCUGACACUUGGGAAGUUAUUCUUUUGUGUUGCUUUUGAACUGAAGAUUCUGAGCCAGUCUUGGUUAAACUACAGAGGGUAUCUCCCAGAGACCAUGACUUGGGGCUACUUUUAUAUGUUGCCAUCAUGUUUUAGACUUGUAUGUCUGUUGUGUUUUGUUUUUUUUUAAUUCCAACAACACUACUGAAGAAAUUUUACUCACUUGUAAACAGAAUGGAUGAUCAUUCUGUCUCUAGCCUUCAGCUUCAGAAUCACUUCUCUAAUUAAUAUCUCUUACAAAACAGGGGUGCUCUUCAAAAAAUUUAUUUUGUCCUUUGAAUGUUAAUUUGAUUAUCAUUCAUCCUAUUUGCAUACAUACAAUGAUUACCUUGUAAUGACACUGCUUCUGAAAGUAAUUUUUAAAAUAAUGAAUUUGAGAAGUUUACCUAAUACUUUUUGUUUCUUCAGUAAGAAAAUUUAAUGUUCAUUUUCCCAGUACUUUGUCACAGAGAUAAAAAUUGUGGAUGGAGCGGCUGGAGUGAUAGCACAGCGGGUAGGACGUUUGCCUUGCACGCGGCCGACCCGGGUUCGAUUCCCAGCAUCCCAUAUGGUCCCCUGAACACCACCAGGGGUAAUUCCUGAGUGCACAGCCAGGAAUAACCCCUGUGCAUCGCCGGGUGUGACCCCCCCAAAAAAAGAAAAAAAAAUUGUGGAUGGAGACUGGGAAUGCAACUCAGUUGUAGAGCAAUUGCCCUGUGUGUGGGGAGGCCUGAGGCUCAAGAUUCGGUCCCUGGCAUCUCACACACACACAGAUACGAGUGAGUAAGUACUUACAUGCAUGCAAAAUCUUCAGUUUUAAACAUUGUUUUGCCUUCAGUUAGCAUUGUGAUGCUUUGGAAAAUGAAAUUCAUUUUGACCCUAUUCUGCUGCAAAAUUUCUAAGUCUGCAUAGAAGGAAUCACAAUUGGACAAGGAUUGACAGUUGUUAAAAAAUUUGUGAAUAUAUAUAAAUCUCUUAACCUUUAAUGAAAUUUUAAAAUAAAAAUUUAUU